CUCGUUUAAUUCAUCCAGCUUCUCACGCUACCUCGCUUUCCGGUCCUCGUCUCGUUCAUUUGUCUGCAUUUCGGGGUUUGUUUCACACCGUGAGCGGAACGGAGGACAACUGAAACAAGACCUGCAAGGUACACUGGGGGUUAAUGGCGGCAGAGCGGUAUCCACCGGCUCUUUGCAGCAACAGCAAUAUGUGUGAAUAUUGUGCAAUGCUAUAAUCUGUGCUCUGCCAUCACAUGUUAUUGUAUUCCUUGUAUUAUAUGAUCUAUUAUGAAAUUACCUUCUAUUACACAGUGUUAUAUCAUAUUAUUUAUUAUACACCGUCUAUUACAGUGUUAUAUCAUAUUAUUUAUUAUACACCGUCUAUUACCCAGUGUUAUAUCAUAUUAUUUAUUAUACACCGUCUAUUACCCAGUGUUAUAUCAUAUUAUUUAUUAUACACCGUCUAUUACCCAGUGUUAUAUCAUAUUAUUUAUUAUACACCGUCUAUUACCCAGUGUUAUACCAUAUUAUUUAUUAUAUACCGUCUAUUACCCAGUGUUAUAUCAUAUUAUUUAUUAUACACCGUCUAUUACCCAGUGUUAUAUCAUAUUAUUUAUUAUACACCGUCUAUUUCCCAGUGUUAUAUCAUAUUAUCUAUUAUACACCGUCUAUUACAGUGUUUUACCAUAUUAUUUAUUAUAUACCGUCUAUUACACAGUGUUAUACCAUAUUAUUUAUUAUACACCGUCUAUUACCCAGUGUUAUACCAUAUUAUCUAUUAUACACCGUCUAUUACAGUGUUAUUCCAUAUUAUUUAUUAUACACCGUCUAUUACAGUGUUAUUCCAUAUUAUUUAUUAUACACCGUCUAUUACAGUGUUCCAUAUUAUUUAUUAUACACCGUCUAUUACAGUGUUAUACCAUAUUAUCUAUUAUACACUGUCUAUUACACAGUGUUAUUCCAUAUUAUUUUACACCGUCUAUUACCCAGUGUUAUACCAUAUUAUCUAUUAUACACCGUCUAUUACAGUGUUAUACCAUAUUAUUUAUUAUACACCGUCUAUUACAGUGUUAUACCAUAUUAUUUAUUAUACACCGUCUAUUACAGUGUUAUUCCAUAUUAUUUAUUAUACACUGUCUAUUACAGUGUUAUUCCAUAUUAUUUAUUAUACACCGUCUAUUACACAGUGUUAUACCAUAUUUUUUAUUAUACACCGUCUAUUACACAGUGUUAUACCAUAUUUUUUAUUAUACACAGUCUAUUACACAGUGUUAUUCCAUAUUUAUUAUACACCGUCUAUUACACAGUGUUAUACCAUAUUAUUUAUUAUAUACCGUCUAUUACACAGUGUUAUACCAUAUUAUUUAUUAUACACCGUCUAUUACACAGUUUUAUAUCAUAUUUAUCACUAUUUUAUAUCAUAUUUAUUAUACACCGUCUAUUACACAGUUUUAUAUCAUAUUUAUUAUACACCGUCUAUUACAGUUUUAUAUCAUAUUUAUUAUAUAGUGUCUAUUAGUGUUAUAUCAUAUUAUUUAUUAUAUAUUGUCUAUUACAGUGUUAUACCAGAUAUUAUAUACGAAUGUUAUACCGUAUAUUAUUUAUUAUACACCGUCUAUUACAGUGUUAUACUAUAUAUUAUAUAGCUUCUAUUAUACAGUGUUAUAUCAUUAUUUAAUAUACACCGUCCAUUAUACAGUUAUACCAUAUAUUAUUUAUUAUACACCGUCCAUUGUACAGUGUUAUACCAUAUAUUAUAUGCAGUCUAUUAUACAAUGUUAUACCAUACAUUAUAUGCAGUCUAUUAUACAAUGUUAUACCAUAUAUUAUUUAUUAUACACCGUCCAUUAUACAAUGUUAUACCAUGUAUUAUAUGCAGUCUAUUAUACAAUGUUUAUACCAUUUAUUAUAUGCAGUCUAUUAUGCUGUUUUUACAUUAUUAUUACUAUUCUUACAAAACAUCUGUUAGUCUAUGUUAUAACUAAUAUUGUAUACCAUACAUUAGCCUAAUUGCCACCUUUUAUCAUAUAGCAAAACGUCUUAAUUAUAGGGUUAAGACAGUGAAAGCAUACAUAUACUGUAUUACAAUUAUAAAGUAAAGCAUAGGCAUAAUCUAAAUUAUUGUCAAUAACUAUUAGUACUCUGCACCUAGAUACAGCUGGCUUGGUUUUGACUGUGUAUUAGCACACAAACAUAAAUAAUGCAACCAGCAAAAAUGAAUUGGAUCAUCAAUAGAUUUUUAUUCACUUUUAUUUUUCAUAUACACAAAUUGCAAAAUUGAGGCCACACUUCCAGUUCAGUUCCCAACAAUACAUGGCUUUAAGCUUGCAAAAAACAAAAAGUUUUACAUGAUGGUUAUAUAGUAAAUCCAGUGACAUCUCCACCAAGUAGUGUAUUUUGGUUUUGUGCUGCCCUAGGCAUGAUUAAACUCAAGCACCCCUAAUCUAAAUUUGCCCCACUCCUUCAUGUCAAGGCCGCACCUCUUCCUAUUUAAGACCAAAACACACUUUGACUCCUGACAGACAACACAUUCCCUCACUGAUACAUACAGUCAUUGACACACACACUGUGUAACCAACACCUAGUAACACCUCUAGUGGCAGUCAUUCAGCUGGCUACACUGUGCAGCACAGACGUUCAGCGUCUCCGUGAACAAUCCUCAUAGAGAUGCAUCAGCAGAUGCUGAUUGAUGCGGUGCUUUGCCGUGCAUGUGCAAUAGCCCUCCAAUACUUUUCGACGGAAAAGCAGUGGAUUGGCUGAGAUCGUCAGAUUUGACAAUCUCAGCCCAGGAGGCGGAACGGAGUCGGGGUCAGCCGCAACGAGACCUGUGCGACGCUGGAGAAAAGGUGAGUACAAUUACCCUUUACUCCUCUAACAGGGGGUCUGGAGGGCUAGAUAUUGCUUUUAAAACUAUAAUGUAAGGAAUACAUGUUUGUAUUCCUGACACUAUAGAAUUCCUGUAAGCACUAAAAAUUUACCUUUUCGUUAGGUGCAGAACUGCUGUUCCCCAAGUGACUCUGGGAAGCAGUCUAUAUCACUGGUGUUUGGAGUUGCUGCCUGGUGUGUUAGUAUAUAUGCUGACCUCCUAGGAAGUGAUAUGACAGUAAGUCUUCACCUCAGGUUUAUUUUUAAAACCUACCUUAAAGGACCACUAUAGUGCCAGGAAAACAAACUUGUUUUCCUGGUACUAUAGUGCCCUGAGGGUGCCCCUCCUGCCGGGCUGAAGUUGGAGGAAGGGGUUUAAAAACGUGCCUUUCUCCAGCGCUGGGGACUCUCCUCCUCCUUUGGCCGUCAUCGGCUGAAUGUGCAUGCGCGGCAAGAGCCGCGCGCGCAUUCAGCCAGUCCAUAGGAAAACAUUCUCAAUGCUUUCCUAUGGACGCUGGCGACUUUUCACUGUGAAAAUCACAGUGGGAAGCGACUCUAGCGGCUGUCAAUGAGACAGCCACUAGAGGCUAUGUUUACAGCAGGCAGGGUUAAUCCUAGAUGGAUCUGGCACCCAGACCACUUCAUUAAGCUGAAGUGGUCUGGGUGCCUAUAGUGGUCCUUUAAUAAAUUUUAAUAAAAAAACAACAAAAAAGAUACAUUUUAAUAUAUAUUUCUUUUAAUUAUUUUUUUUAGUCCUCCUCACCAUAUUUUGUAACACUUACUUCAGCUUUGAACUGGACCAGGAGAAGAAGAUCCUUCUUAUACAAGGCAGAUUGCUGCUUUGUCGGGUUCCUGCCUGCCACUGCCCAGGAGAUUCAGCUUGAAGUCACUCGACUCCUGCUCUUUCACAUACCGCGUCUGCGCCCAGUGGAACUUGAAGCCCUCCACUGAUCUAACACCACAAACUGGUACAGGGUGGGAGGGUGAGGGGCUGGGAUAGAUCAGCUUACGCUGUGGGGCGCUUCACCGCGUCCAUGGCAACAAACAGUUGGAGCGAUUUUUAAGAGACAUCAGGGGCAGAGCGACAUUAAAUAACAUGCGAGGGCAUACAGCAGCGAGGUGUUAUGUUGUGUAAACCAGCCCUGUAUCUAUCACUACUCAGACUAACAAGGCAUUUUGCCACCUAAAGCAAAUGCCUUGUGAUAGAUACAGCGCUGUCUCCACCCAGGCUUGACAAAUUGGUCAGACACCCCCACACCUCCUUUUUUUUAAUUUAUUUAUUUAUUUUUUUAUUUCUCACUGAAGUGAUUUUAGGACAUAGAUGCUGCCUUGCUGUUGUAAACAGUGCCAUUUCUGAUAAACAGCACUGUUUACAUUUUGCAAUUAGCACACCUUCUAGUGAUUGGACAGCCAACUAUUUUGUGUUUUAAACUGAUUCUUUGUGAGAAUAUUUCUCAUAGAACUGGCAGUUUGCAGUGAUGUCUGCACAUGCACCAUGUGUCCUUAAUACUUCUAUAUGAAAAGCUUCUGAAUGGGUAAAAGUCAUCAGUUUUUAGGACCUAACCAGGGCACUGCUGGCACCAUAACCACUACAGUGUGCUAUAGUCAUUAUUGUGCUUGGAGUGUUCAUUUAAUGUAUACUUCACUAUUUUUUAUAACUUGUAUUUUAGAAAAGGAAUAGUACUGGAACUGGUUGUUACCCAAUGAGAUAAAAAAAACCUUUUUACUAUAUUACAAUAGAAUUACAGUAUUUUGAAAUGAACACACAAAACACAAAUUGCAUAAAAAGUAACAAACGUAUUGCAAUUAAGAAUUGUAAGAAUGUGAAGUAUAUAAAGUACCCUUAUGUAACUUUUAUAACUGAUAGUAAUGUAACAAGAAAGGUAUGAUUGAGUAUCUCCUUUGGAAGAUUAAAGGGACACUCCAGGCACCAAAACAACUUUGUCUAAAUUAAGUUGUUUUGGUGCCAGGAGGCACUCUUAUUUCAAGGGGUUAAACUGUUUUCAAACGGUUUAACCCCAAAGUUUCCCCAGCACGGCUUCCGAAUGUUUCAGAUUAAGGAAGUGCGGAGUGCUACCAGGCAGAGGCGUUGCUGAUUGGUUGAGAGCGGUCAGCUGACACUCUCGUUCAGUCAGUGUCUCCCCAUUCACAAAACUGGCUUGCAAAGAAACAUAACGUUUGCAAGCCAGUUUAGUAAAUAGGGAGUCCUGAUUGGCUAAGAGCGUCAUCAGAUUGCUCUCAACCAACCAGCGGCACCCCAGCCUGGCGGCGCUCCGCAAUUUCUGAAUCUCAAAGUUCAGAAGCCAGGAGCGGCCAGGGCAGGAUUGGAGACCAGUGCUGGAGGCAACUUAGUGUUUAAACCGUGUUUUGAGUGUUCCUUUAACUGUGAAUCACCACUCAAGACAAAGGUUGAUUGCUGUAAUAAUAGGGGGAAAAUUCCCUAAUACUCAACUAAAACAUUAUACAAAUGUAUACCUAAAAUUAACCUAAUGAGAGAAAAGAAGGGUGUAUUUGCUGCCCAAAGAGCAUAAAGGAUCUAUUUACCGAGCCAAUACUGCAUAGGCUCCUGUCCAUGUGAGUGGUUUCAGUCAUUUAUUACCGUCAAUUGUCUAUUUUUGGGAACAGUCUGAACUAUAUUUCUUGUUUUUCCUGUUUCAUUUUAUAUGUACACCUAAGCAUUAAUAUUUAAGAUUGUCAUUGUACUAAAAGGGUGAGUGAAUCCCUCCACUGCUUAUAGCGCUCCACUUGUUUGGUAUAAUAUUGAUACCUCAUUUUCUGUAUAGAGAAAAGCACCACAUAAAAACUUUGCCUUUAAUGGAACACUAUAGGGAACACAACUGUGUAUUCCUGACCCUAUAGUGCAAAACCCACCAUUUAGGUGGCCUGCACUCCCUUUAGCCCCCUGUAAAAGGAAUUAAAACUCUCCUUAUUUCCAGCGCCGCGCGGGUCCGCUGGUGCUGGUCCCGCCCUCUUGGUGACAUAAUCAGAAUUGCCGAUUUGGGAAAGCAUUGGAUCGGCUAAAAUCGGCGCGGGGCCAAAUGCAGUUUUGGCCAAUCAGGACCUCCUCAUAGAGAUGCAUUGAAUCAGUGCAUAUCUAUGAGGAAAAUUCAGCGUCCCCCAUGCAGAGCGUGGAGACGCUGAAUGGCAAUGCUGCCUACUGUGCAGCACUGAGCCAGGAAGCACCUCCAGUGUGGCCACUUGCAGGUGUCCCUAGGGGCAAUGUAAACACUGCCUUUUCUCUGAUGUAGCUUACAUUAACUGAAAAAAAAUAAAUGUGCUACAGUAUGUAACUUAAUACAAAAUCUAUAGCUCAUCACAAAAAGACGCCAUGCCUAAACUGGUCACCAAAUACAUCUCAUUGCUCUGUAAAAAGAUCGUGUCUGCAUAUCGUAAUGGCCAAAAAGGAGACAGAGCAGAGCGUCGACUUGCGUUUUGCUGGUCAUGUGGCUCUUCUAGGGCAUUUUUUUUUUUUUUUAAUAACUUCACAUUAUUCUUUAGGAUUAGAGAUAUGAUAGUGUUUAGAUCUAGGUUCCAUUAAUCAUCUAGACAACUGGUACCUGCUUAACUGAAAUUGAUGGGCGUUACACUUCAGGCAGCAGUUUCCAUUGAUUCGGCUCUUUCUUCUGCUAAUAGCCAGAGCAGCUAGGGAGAUUAUGCUGUUUUAAUUCCUCCAGCUCCACUUUUGCAGUAGCAUACAGAACUUAUUUAAAAUGGCAGGAACUGCAAAUAUAACAGCUGCAGGUUAAUAGUGUAACUUCCAAUAAUCUUGGACAGGGGCCUAUAUGUAUCACUUUUGCAAUGAGAAAGGUGUCCCACUGCUUUAUGAAUCAUCAACUUUAUUUAUUUUUUUCUCAGGUUAAUAUGUCGUCUUGGGUAAAGGUAACCAGGGGCCAGCCGCAGAAACCUGCCGGUGGAAAAAGGUAAUCUUAAAUUCUAACAGGUAGAAUUUGUUUUGUAACUUCAUUUCAUCCCUGCUCGAUUAUGCUAUUAGAACAGUGCUAAGCCAAACCAAGUUGCCAUAGCAACACAAAGAUUCAAUCAGGCACCCACAACUUUGUCUCUCUAUGUUGGUAAGGAUUAAUAGAUCUCACUUGACCUUCUCAGCUGACACACAUACACCAGGGAAUUUAAAAAGGGAAACUAUAAAAACAAACUAAAAACUACUUCCAAAAAUAUUCAGCUUUGAUAUUAAUGAGUUUUUUGGGUUCAUUGAGAACAUGGUUGUUGUUCAAUAAUAAAAUUAAUCCUCAAAAAUACAACUUGCCUAAUAAUUCUGCACUCCCUGUAGUAGGUCUCUGAAGUAUUAAAAUUGAAGGCACAGUCGCAGUUUAGAAAUUGCACUUCAAAUUUGAGCUUUGCAGAGUGAAGUUUCAAUGAAAGUCAAUGGACGGCGUUAGUUGCAAACAAUUGAUUAUAUUGUGAAAACUAUCAGGACUAUGGCUUAGCCGUUGACAUGUUAAGUGGCAGCAGGGAUAGCUGAACGUUUUGAUAUAAGAUUUGUGUAGGUGGGCCUGAAAAUAAGGGAGUGGUGGCAGUUUAGAAAUCAUAUCCUGAUUUUUCAGCUUUUGCCAGCUCCCACUCUAGCUUUCCCAUUCAUUCCUAUGGGACAAAUUGCGCCACAAGAACGACGAUAUUCCGUGAACCAUUCGGCGAAACGUUCCACAAAGUAAUAGCAAUCCGAUCGGGAACAAUCUGCACGUUUUGGUAAAUUUUGGUCUAUGUAGUGUAAAAACUGUGGGAGGAGUUAGGGUGGCAAAUUUGGCUAGAAUAAGAAUAAGAAUAAGAAUAAUAAUAUAAAUGUGAGAUAACAAUAAGUGUUCUUGCAAGAACACUUAAUAAUAAUAUAUAUGAGAUAACAUUAAGUGGUCUUGCUAUGCAAGAACACUUAAUAAUAUAUAUGUGAGAUAACAAUAAGUGUUCUUGCAAGAACACUUAAAUAUACAAACCAAAAGAAAGCAAGAUAAACAUUGAAAAUAUGUAAUAAACCUUUAAAAACUUGGUCAGAUGGCAUUGUUAGACACAGCUUUUUUUUUUCCAGUCAUGGACAAUAGCCUCACAAUGUUUUCCUAUGGGAAAGCAUUGGAUUGGCUGACCCUGCCGUGACGGACCCGCACAGUGCUGGAAAAAGGGUGAGUUUUUAACUCCUUUAAUGGGAGGUAAGGGGGGCCCCAAUACCUAAACUGUGAUUUUGCCACUAUAGCAUCAGGAAUACACUUUUGAUUCCUGACACCAUAGUGCAGUUUCAAAAGGUAGUAGGGAUGUAAGUGCAGCAACUCUUUGUAUAAACACUAGAGCAUCGGUAGGCAAGCUUUUAGUAGUAUUGUACCAAAACAUGAUCUUGAAAUCCCUUGGUGCACAGGUUCUAUUUUUUUCAAUUGUGGUGUAUAUGUUGCUGUAUUGUGCUUAUGUUUAUGGGUGAUGCAGUUACUUUGUAAUGUUGUAUUUGUGCGUAUGUUGGCUGUUAUAGUGUAUAUGUUCAUGAGUACUUUGAGGUAUUGUGUAUGAUACCUAUGAAUGUUGGCUGUGCAUGGGGGUUUCUUGUGGAAUUGUGUAUUUGGAUGAUGUAUCAUAUUGUGUGUUAAUGUGUGGGAUAUUGUAUGCGAGAGGCUAUUUCUGGGGUUGUGUGUAUGUGGAUUGUCAGGGGUGUUGUGUUUGGGUGGGAUUAUGCUUUUGUGUGUGGGCUGUUUGUAUUAUUUGUAUGAAGGGGAGUCUUAUUGUCUAGCACUCUGCAUACCUUGCAGUGUGAGUGGCUUCCUUGGGUUCCAGAGAUGACUUGGCUGCCCAGUUACAGGUCAAGGGCAGAAGCUGCAAUAGCUGCUGCAGGAUGCUCUACUCUAGUGCAGAUUCCAAUUCACAAGUGCUGGGAUUAAGUUUUCUGAGAUCACUACCUCUAAGUGCUGCAAUGUGUAAAUUGAGGAUUGUCCCUCACCACUUGAAUUACCGUUCAGUUUGCACUAGCAGAUAUGAUGGCCAACUGGGACUCCUGAUGGUCAAAACCUGUUUGCCUCUAGUAGUCUUGAGUGCCGUAGAAGGCACAUGUGCCAUAGGUUGCUGACCCCUGCACUAGAUUAUCCUAUAAAUUCAUCCAUGUUUGUUUUUAUGCAUAAUUUCUGUGGGAACAUGCAUGCUGAACAGUUCCUUUCAUCUCUAACAUAUUCUAACAUUUUUGUUCUUUUAGGAACAAACCGAGCGGGAUACCACGCCUUUUGGAGUAAGUUAAAUUACGUUUUUUCCCCCCACUUUUUUUUUUUUUUUUUAAACCUUUUCUUGGUAACCUGUACAAUAAGUCUUGUAUAGUCACUGCUUAUUACAAUAUUACGUUAAUACAUGUCGUAACAAAGUUAUGAGCUAGAUGACCAUAUAUUACAAAGGUAUGUUAUUUUUAGUUUUCUGUGAUACAACUAUACAGCGCUUUAUAUAAUGGUAAAACAAGUUGGGCAACACUAUUAAUGUAUUCAUAAGUAUGUCAAGCCCUUUUAUAAAGCGUGUUAAAGGGACACUGUAUUGUUCUAGUGAGUAUAGUAUGUCCCUGCAGGAUGUUUGUUGUAAACCUUGUCGGGACCUAAAUUUUUUUUUUUUUUAAACAUUCUUUAUUUCAAUUUUCACAAAUAUUACAUAUAUUGCGUGUAGAUGGUGGAAAUGCACCGUUAAAACAGUUACGUACAGAAAAUAGAAGGGGGGGAAACAGUGGUGAUACAGAACAGAUAUCGUUAUCAGUCAUAUAACACUAAAAUGGGUUUUUAACAUUAUGGGGUCAGGAAUACACGUUUUGUAUUCCUAACCCUGUAAUAUUCCUUUAAUGUCGUACGAUAUUAUAGUUUGAUGCUAUCUAGAUUGUAAAUGAUAAUCAUGUCCUCUUUUGGCUGUAGAGUAAUAUCCCAUAUCUGUCAACCUCAAUAGCUUACUGGAAAACUCUCUACAGUAUUUUUUAUAUUCCAGUUGAAUUCACCUUUUUUUUUUGGCAUUGAAUUGUGUCCAUGGAAGCUCAUUACUAUUAAUUGUCAUUUUUGCACGUGUUACUGAAGGUCAUUUUUAACGAUGGUUCAUUCACUGCUAAUAUUUUUUACGUUAGAUUAACCUUGUAUUUUUGUAUUCCUCAUUGUCUCAUAAAACCUGUAUUGUUAAAGAAAGCUGACCCAGAACAUUAUUGUUUUGUAGCAUUAAUCCAUACAAACCCAACCAGAAGUCAACAUUCUCUGACAAAUAUCCAAGAGACGUGGAAGAACAGAAUAGGUAAGAAUUGUGCAGCUUGGGACCUUUUGUUGACUAACCAUAUAACAAACUAUAUUGCAUCAUACGUAUGCUGGGUGUUUUUGUGCUCAAAUUAUAUAAUAAUGCAACAGUCUCUAUGGAAGUCAUUGCAAUCGUUCUGCUUAGAGCUCCACAAUGCUCUAGAAUUUUAUGCACCAGGUUAUUGUGUCCCCAAUGCCCUUUGCUGCUUAAAGGCAAGAGAUACAUUGUUGUUGGUAUGACUUAAUCUAUAAACUGGAUUUGUUACCAUGACUGUUUUUUUUUAGACUAGCCCUACACUAACAGGCUGCCAGUAGAUAUCUAAUUCAAAUUAAUUAAUUAGAUGUGGGUAUUAAAAGGACACUGUAGGAACCAUAACCACUUGGACAGAACAAAGUGGUUAUGGUGCCUGGAGUCUCUGCAAACAAGAAAAACUUGCCUCAGUUAAUGAAUACCGCUCCUAUACGACUCCUUGUUAAUUCAACAUUCUUCAGUUCAGUUACGGUGCCCUCAACUCCAGUUAGCCGGGUGAGUGGUCCGCUCACUAUUUAUUCUAGGUAAGAUAACAGAAAAAAGUUUUGCCUCCCGCGGGAAGAAUUUACCCACUUUAGAAUCUUAAAAUCUAUAUCCUUUAUUUAACAAAAUAUAAAAUUUUGUAAUAUAACAAGCUACAGUGCAAAAUGAUAGAAUUUUCUUGCUACCAGCGGGAUCUACUUGUUUUGUGCAAUGUGUGCACUUUCUCUAGACUACAAUGCUACAAAUCUUCCUGUCUGGAUAUAGCCUCAUCUAUUUUAAACACAAUUGCACUAAGGAAACUCCUAAAUUCAGCUUAAUGCUUAGCUGAAAAAAACUCCCCUAUAUCAUAACAUCAAAAACACAACACGUUUAGAUUGGUUACUGGCCAUGAUGCAUACUUUUAACACAAUGCAGUAUGCAAAAUCAUAGUGAUAGUAUUAGUCUGGAGUCUGUGUGUGUAGAUCCCACAUCGCUGCUAAAUGGUUUCCUGUCUGUUUAGUUGUCUGGUCUCACAUGAUGCAAUAGUGGAGGUGGAGCUCUCUCUGCUUAACCUUUUUACCAGCGUUGCGGACAGUGAUUGGAUCUGAACGCUCUCAGCAAGUCAGAGCAUAGCUCUGCCAUAUUGUCACUGUCUGUUGUCCGUGCAUCUCUGUUAAGUGGUUUACUCACUGGGAUCCGACACCCACAGACUUCAAGCACCAGAACUACUUCAAUAUAUAGUAGUGGUUGUGGUACCUUUUUAAUAAUAUACCUUUAAGUAACCUCAGUUGUUCAUGGCACAAUAGAUGUAAUCUUUGUGAUAAUGUGGCAUUUUUAACCCCACAGCUUUGAAGAACUCUUUGGACAACAAUACCAUUAUCCUGCUGGCUCAGAGGAGUACUGUGAGAGAUAUCAAUAUUCCCAGAAGGGUAAGCAUGAAAACUUUUAUUUUAUGAAAUAUUAUAAUGUAAUUAUCAUAACAUAUUAGAAGGCUGAAAAAAGGAGUCAUUGAAGUAAAGAAAUAUAUAUGAAAAAUACUGCAAUUUGUAUUAUCAGAAGUGCUUGUUUUACUUAAAAACCCUUCAAAAAAGAUAUGUAAGACAGUAUGGAUAAAAUAGUCAAGGCUACUUUUUUGAUUUUGGAUGCCUUUAUGCUACAGCUCAGUACUAUUAAUGGAUGGUACUGCCAUUGUAAAGACAUACGUGUUUUAUAUUGUUCAAGAGAUUAAACAUCACCAUUAUGAUCAUAUUCUUAGUGAUAACUCUGCCUUACAUGACAGCUAGAUUCUAAAUGUCUCAUUUCAUUAUACUGGCUGUUAUUCUAUGUAGACACCAAAUACAGUGCAGAUGACCGCCGAGAAAAGCUGUACCUGCAAUUUUACCAGCAGAUCCAAAAUGAAUACCACAAAGAACGACCUUCUGACUGUGUGAUUGUGGCCAUCAGCAAGGAACAGAUGUAAGCUUAUGAAUAAGUAGUGAAAAUAUAUAGAAUGUAUAAUUACCUAAUGAGUUAAAUUGACAAAAUCAGGGGAAUUAAAUUCUUACUCCAGUUUGUCUAUAUCUUCCAGGAAUGGGUAGAAAUAUAAUUGAAGAUCCAUUUAAUUUUUUUUCUUAAAUUGGCUUUAUAUACGAAGUCCUAAGUUUAACCUGAAAAUCUUGUAUUGUCUAAGACAAUUAACCUAAUUCUUAUGUGAUAAAAUUGUUAAAGGUAUGUUCAGUUUUUAAUUGUUACUUAAAAUCUAUGUCUCUUUAUAAUAUGAUGAAGUGGUCUAGAACGCAAUAUACAUUCUCACACUCUGUGUGUAGGGCAGGUUAGAACGUACUCUGUAAAUCCACCAAAUACAAAAAAAAAAAGUAUAAUCCUUGUUGGCUAGUGUUCAAAGUAACUACCAAACAAAGGAAGGAAAUUCACUGUUUCAGAGUUUUGUCCUGCUGUCUCAAGUUGGUUCCCAGAUGUUCUGCAUUCAAGGACCUUAGAGAACUGUCCCCAGCUAGGACAGCUUGCGUGCUUCAUUGGCUGUGCAUGUUCUGUGAAGAGGGCACUAGGACCUUGCAGAGAGUGCUACAGCCGUGCUUUGUGCAUGGUGUGGUGUUCUGUGUGGGGGCCGGCCUAGAGGCCCACCCACUCUGUCCCUAUCAGCAUAUUUUCCAAUGUUGGGAUGUAUGCCAAUAAAUCUUUCAGUGCCAGAGGUGGGAAUAGUGAGUUGCAAAGGGUGUAACAUGGGCUGUACACCUUUCUAAUAUGCAACAAUUCGAAGGCCUAAUGACUUACUGUCAAAGAGGACUUUGAGAUCUUCUUUCUAUGAGAGUUAUUAAACUAACAACUGAAUUGUGCUUCAGUUAACUUUAUGCUCAAAGAAUAUGACUGUUUGUGACAAAGUUACAAUGGAGACUGUUACUUUUUCUAAUGCAAAUGUUGCCACCACUCUGACACCUAAGUAUUUGUAUAGUUACUGCAUAAGAUGAACGCCAACAUCUGUCUUACACUGUACAUAUGGCCUAUAAAAUACAGUUAACACUUCAUUGCUGCAUUUCAGCCAUCCAAAAUUAAACCCUUUAAACGAGCACUGGAAAUGAAAAGCCUAUCUGCACUACUCUAGUCUGCUCUCAGUAGCUGUCAUAUCAUAUUUAUAGCUAUCCUCCAAGUCUCAUCAAACCCAUUUUUAUAAUCCAAGAACUGAAUUAUUGACUGAGAAAUGAAAAGGGGUCAUAUUCAAUUAAACAGAAUAUUUCAAAUAAGUGUCUGAAAGAACUAUCUAGAAAUAACUGCAUAGUUAAUGACAUGGGGCAUAAGCUUUAUCAACAGGCCUGCUCUAUUUGUCCCUCCUGACACAGAUUUAUCUCUGCCUGAUUAAAUGUUACAUUACAUGCAAUAACAUUUAUUCAUUUUGCUACAUCCUCACAACAGUUCCUACUUGUUUACCUUUCACACCUAUUAAAGACUUGUUACCAUCUUUAAUAUGACUCGUUGAAUGUGCAUAUGUUCCUUCGGAAUUCAUUGUCUAAAACAAUACAUUUAAGUAUAUAUGUCUAUAUUUAUUAAAGCGUAACCCCUCGCACAGGUUUAUGGGAUGUGUAGUUAAGCACCUGACAAAUUCCUGGUGCCUAGCAAAAUACUCACUCUGGUUCCUAUCAGCUUGGGGACUUUUUGUUAAAUGAGCUGUCAGAUGGAUUAUUCCAUCUCAUGUGUAAGAGCUUGUUUCAGACUCCUUCCUAGUAUUCUGUAUGAGUCUGUCAGCGGACAUCCUUGUUUUGUAAUAGUGCAUGUAGAUUCCCUUUUACAUUUCAUGUUUGACAAGGGAAAAAGAAUACGUGCAUGGACAAUAUGCUCUUUUUAAAUACAAAAAUUACAGGAAAGCAAACUUAUUUAUUUGUUCUGGUCAUUUAAAAAAAAUAAAUUAAAAAAAAAAAAAAAUGAUCCCCUGCUUCCAUACAAAGAGUAUGCUGCCAUGUGCUACCAUGUUUGACAUUUGAAAACUGUUAAAGCUUUGAGUAGCAUAAAAUGGAAUAAAAUCUGCAAAUUCAGAAACCGUAUAAGUUCCAGGAAAUUGUUAGAAACUGGAAAAUACUAUUAAUAAUAAUAAUAAUAAAAAAAAAAAAGAUUGAAAAAGCUAUUUUAGAAGUGAAAUGUUAGAGCCCUUAAGUUUGUGUUUUAGCACUUGGAUUCCCAGAUAGGGUCCAACCCUGUUUCAUAUUGGAACUCAACUUAACCUAGUCAAUUAGAUAUAUACAGGUACAUUGGUAAGUAUUUCUACGGGUUGCAUAGGCCAAAGCUUCAUAAAUCGGAACGUUAUAUAGGCGGAGCACCUACCAUUUAGACGGGCAUUACUAGGAAAUAGUAUUUCCUUAUUGUUUAGACAGCAAGUUGAGUAACUUACACCUUAUUACUUGUAACACUUGGCACUUUUGUUUGUUAGCAACCUUCUUCAGAAGUAUUUUAAGCUCAUUUCCCAACCAUUUUGUUUUGUCAUGGGUACUAAACGGAAUUCAGUACCAGCUGUGAGUAGUCGAUCCAAUAGGUAACCUAAUAUGCAACAGCACUUAUCUAGUGAAUUUUUUUAAUGUAUUUGAGUCUAUUAGUUUUUAAGAGUAAACCUUUGAAUUUUAAUUGAUAAUUGUCAUUAAACCUACUUUCUUAAAUGUCUUCUGCCAUAGCAUGAAACAGUGGGUGAUUUUGUGGGCAAGCUUGUGUUUAGCUGAAUUGGCAUAUAGGUCAAAGUAUAUUGUUAGAAUAUGAAACAUAUUGGUGCCCUGGAUUCACUGACAUGGACCCUGUUACCUUUUAUAUGCCUGUCAGAAAGUCUGAGUUUCUUAGUUGUGGGUUCCCACUCGUAUGAAUCUUUAGAGGUGCAAAUGAAUGAAAUCUGUAUGACCUCUUUUCAUUUAUAGGUCAAAUUCUCCCCUAAGUUUACUCUUUCUUCAAUUCAGGUGAGUAUCAAAAUGGCUGUGCCCCUGUUUUUUCUCACACAUUACUGAUGCGUCACACAUACACACACACACGGCAUCCAACUUAUUAAACCCUGAUCUGUAAAACGUGCACAUAACUUUUCUGUACACUAUUCUUAUUUUAGUCACUGAAAAUAAUACAAAUAACUUACCCGAUAAAUUAAUUCACUUUAUUUUUUUCAAAAAAGGUGAAUUUUUAAGCAUCUCUUGGAAUUUCUGCACUUCUUUUUAUAGUUCUUUCUUUUUUUUUCUUGCCUCACUAGUUUAAAAAAAAAAUAAAAAAUAGAAAUAGACUUUCCACAGGGUGUACAUUUUGCUCAAUAACAAGAGCUAUUCACCCAUCAUUCAAAGAAGGAGACCUUAUCUAAAAUAAAUAGUGAGGUAUAGGUCACUGAUCAGCUGAGAAAUUGUCAGAGGUGGAGAGCAAAUUUGGAAGUGCAAGAUAUGUAUUUUAAGAAAUUGCAAGAGGCUUAAAAAUCGUGUUAUAUGAUCAAAGACUGAAUGGAACGUGAAUAUUCAUUAGCAUACUCUUUCACUGCAAACAUGUCUUCACUUUACUGUAUACCCAAUCGUAAAUCUUUCUAAAAAUGAAACUUCGUGUGUACACAAAGGCAUAUUCCAGACUUAUUUCCCUGUAAAUUUAAUCCAAAGGUCUAGUUUGUGUAUUUUUAUUUUUUUAAAUUGCCAUCAAAUUGAUUGUCUGAUACAUUUACCACUGUUGAUAUAAAAGCAUAUAAUACUCAAUCAAUUAAAAAGGACACCUUUUACUACACGCACCUAAAAGUGAACCUAAAAAUUAAAUACAGAGUUCCAAUAAUGUGCACAAAUCUAGCAGAUAAAAAAAAUACAGAUUAUAGGUAUACCUUAUAAUCUUUUGCUUUUAUAAUCUAAUUGCACAUCUAUUUUAUUAUUAACCUCUUUGAUAUAUUGUACAUUCUUUUCCUUCACACCAGCAACCCCACCUAGACAUUGCUAGUCUGUCUUCCUCUUUACCUUGGCAGCAUGGACUCAGUACAUCAAGCUUACCAUCUCUCUUUUGCCAAUAACAAUCGUUUUCUUCUUUUAAAGGGAGUACGCCACUUCCAUAGGCCAUCGAUUACAGGAUCAUGGCCUUGUGGUGGAGAUGAUUUACUUGACUUCAGAAUCUGGUCUCACACGCGCUCUACAAGAGGUUAAAAAUGACGGUUCCCCGUUUUGCAUUCUAGUUGAGCAGUCAAAUGUAGCUCUAUCCUCUUGCACCGCUAUCAUUCUUCAUGAUUCUAUCAAAAGUAAGUGUAGCCAAACACAGAUUUUCAUCCUCAAAUUCAUUGUAGGAACACAGUCGUACCUUACACAAGGGAUUGCCAAAAAGUAGAUCCCCGGCUGUUUCAGAUGAUCAAACAGCUUGGUAUGUAAGACUUUUGGCCACACUUAUCUUAUACGGUCAACAACGUUUUCCUAGAUUGCAAUGCCGACAGUAAAGAUUAUUACUGUAUUCUUUGAUCACUUGUGCAUUAGUACAUCUGGAAAUCACAUUUUGCUGAUCUGGAAAAAAUAAAACACAAAACACAAAAUACACCAUCUACAAAGAGCACAUCCUUCCAACUGAGGCAGCUGCAUGAACUGCUAACUAACAUUAAACACAUACCCAUAAAAUAUAUAUUAAAUUUAAAAGUAAGCAUUUUUUUUGCCUGUUUAAAGGAAAGCACCACCAUUAAACCCAAAAAUCUCACUACAUUGUUUUAUUUAUUUAAAACCUGUUUUUUUCAAGCCCCUUUCACAUGCUUAUAAUGUACCCAGAUAAAACGUUUCAUGCUGGUCACUUGCUGCCCAGAUUGCAAUUUCCUUUACUCUUCCCCAUAAUUUCAGAAGUGUUUAAAUAAAACCAUUUGCAACUGGAAAGGUAAACAGAAUUUGCACUAUAGUACCUUGUAUGGCAGACUCUUAAUAGGCAAUAAAGCAAACCACACACCACUGAAAAUUGAAAGAUGUUUAAAUUUUAGCUACCCCAGUUUUUCAUUGAAUUGUAUAAUGCAGAUGUUUAAAACUACAUGAAUUUCAUGCAAAACAGCAACUGCUGAUUUGUUUUCUCUUUGCUGUGCUGCAGAUUUUUAAUGGAAAAUGCCCCCCUUAUUAUUUUGACACAGCAUUGUCUGAUGAUUGCAAUGUGUUGGGUAGAAAGUAUUUACAUGUUUUAGUGCAAAAUGUGUGUGAAUUCUUCUCAUUUGUUAAAGACGCUAUAGUCACCAGAACAACUACAGCUUAAUGUAGUUGUUCUGGUGAGUAAAGUCAGUCCCUACUGGCUUUUUAAUGUAAACAGUGUUUUACAUUACAGCCUGUGGCCACUGGAGGUGCUUCCUGUGCAAGUCACUGACGUUCGGUGUGACGCUGAGCUUUCCUCAUAGAGAUGCACGGAUUCAAUGCAUCUCUAUGAAAAGAUGCUGACUGGCCAGGGCGGCGUUUGGCUCCACCCAUGGGUCCGCUUCCCAUGGGAAAGCAUUGUGAUUGGCUGAGAUCAGUUCUGAUGAUGUCAUCCAAGGAGGCGGAUUAGGGGCGGGGCCAGCGACAGUAGAUUUGUUCGUCGCUGGAAUGAAGGUGAGUUGUUAACAUUUUUAAGAGUAAUAAAGAAGGGGCCGCCACCUAGUUAGUUUAACAUUAUAGGGUCAGGAAUACACAUUUGUAUUCCUGGCCCCUAAGUGUUCCUUUAAGUGACACAAGUUAAAAGUUGCAUGAUAUGUCAGUAAAUGUUGCAGUCUUAGGGCUUACUCACUAAUUCCGAAAUUUAAAGCAGCUCUGUCACCCCCCUCCCUCACUGCCAAAUAAGCAUUUCAUAACUAUAAAUUCUGUAGUCAGUGAAAUUCCAACCCUGUGAAAAGAUAUGACUAUGUAGGCACAAAGCUUCUUAAAAAGGUGUAGCUAGCGCUGUCUGCCCGCAGCAGUCACUAGUGACUCAUCGAGGGGAAAAAGACUAUCUAUGGAGGAUCCCACAGUCUUGGGAAUUCUCCAUAGACAUCAGUGUUACACUCUCAUGCAUGUGCGAGAGUACAGCACUGUCAUUUCCGGGCAGAUGAAGCUACAGAAGCUGAAGUGGACCUUGCAGAAAAAGAUGAUGGCAUCUGCAAGGGACAGAUUAAGAUAAGAAAAUAACUACCUUCCCCUACUCACAAUGCCCACCGGAAUACAAGCCGAGCAGUUACUUCUGGGGACUUUGCAUAAUAUGAAAAGACCCAAGAAGGUGACAAUCUCUUUAAGGAUCCUUAUUUGAGACUAAGUAAGUCUGAUUAAACUUGUAAUUUCUCUGAUUAUAAGUAAACUGGCCAAUCAUUAAACAGAUUUGAGUUUACAUGACUCCUGUUUGGUUCUCAGGAAUCUGAGGAUACCUAGUCAGCUUGAGGUACUUAGCCCUUAAGCAGAAGCUAAGGAUUUUUUACUAGAUGCAGAAGGUGAUAAUUCUCAAGUACAAUUUGAAAAUGUACAAAUAUUAAGACAAUUUUGGUUUUAGCAAACUAUAUAACUUUUUGCAAGUAUCUCACAGAAGCCUUGCUUCUAAAAUGGUUGAAGUAAUGUCUGCUACAUUUUACAAUGGAUAUGGAAAUUUCCUUUUGUUAUAAAAGGAGGUAAUUCCUCUCCUAAAUGUUAAAGAUGGAUUUGAUCCUGGGAAUCUGUGUUUAGACUAAAUCAUAUAACAUUUAAAAAUAAUCUGGAAUCCUAAAAUUACUGAGAUUAUUUUAAUUUUAUUUGAUUUGGCCUAAAAAUGAAGAAUACUACCUUAAAAAAUAAAAAAUACAUUGGUAUGAAUGCUAUUUUGUUCCUUGGUAAAGACUUAAGAGUAAAAUUGUUUCCCAAAUGCAAUCUCCAGAGUUUAUUGAAGGAUAGGUUUUUUCUAUUUAAGAUCUGCAGCACCACCUUGGUCUAUUAACACAUUGUAAACAACGUUCACUUGUUACAUCCACAGUCUGUUCAGUCUAAACCCUUCAUUUUUCUAAAUGGUUUUAAUAAUGAACUCCUAACUGACACAAAAGUUAUGUCUCUCCUCUGUAGUACACCGUAAUAUGCCCAUGGAUGAUGCCCUGACUCUGAUAGUUAAGGCAUUCGGGAAAAUUUUUGGUGAGCGUGAACAGCAGGAACGUAAUGAGAUAUCACACAAAGCAGCUGAUCUGGCGGAUGACUACCUGGAGAGAGAGAUAUAUGAAUCUUACUCUGUCCCUCUGGACAUUAGACACCUUCUCUUCCUCUUAGGCGAAGGCAAAUAUUUAUAUUCCGAGGAGCUGAAUGCAAUCAGCGUCUACUUGAAGACCAGGAUAACUGAGUUGGAAGGUAUACUUAAUGUUUGCCAUCACUACCCCUCUACACACAUGUCCCAACCCCUUCUCGCCUUUUUACAAACAAUAUCUUAACAAACUUUUCACAAAAACUCUGCACUUCACCACGCUUUACACUCCGUCUAUAACCAGUGUUUCCUAAGAGAUAUAUAUCCACAUUUUUGCAUGUACAGUUAAAUAUUUUUAUUUUCCAUGCUCUUCUCCCCCUCCUGCUUACCCUGCAGAGAAAUUGAGGGAAUAUCGAGAAUAACACCAUUCAGAGCAGUUUUGUUUUUAGCUAAAGUUUCUGGUGGCUAAUUACUAAUUUAUUGGCUACCUUUCCAAAACUGAUCAUCCACUAUGACAAUUUUUCAUUGUUAGGAAAUAUUUAUUUCUUUUUUCUUUUUUAUUAAACACCUUUGUUUCAAAAAUUACAGGAACACUAUAUUGUUAGGAAUACACAAACAUAUUCCUAAUGAUAUAGUGUUCUAUACCCAGUUUAGAUUUAGGGCCCCCCUAAAUUUAAUUGGAAAAAUAUAUAUAUUUCUUGCUUUACUUACCCUUUUUCCAGCGUCGAGACUCUUCGUGCAGCCACCCACUCCGCCUCCCGUGACGUCAUUCUGGGGGCUGUUUACUCUUCGUCUUCACGUCCAAUCCAGUGCUACUCAUAGAGUAGCAUUGGGGAUGAGAAGUGCAUGUGUGGCAAGCUCCCACUCGUCGAAAAAAAAAAAAGAUUCUCAUAGGCACUCAGACUACUUUAUUGAGGUGACAUUGUCUGGGUUACUGUUGUGGUCUUUUAAGGUGGUAGGAUAUAGUUAAGCAGGGUAUACCUGAAACGAUCUUCCUAGCGUCACCAAAAAAAACCUAUGAGGAAUGUUUUUUUCUUUUGUUUAGAGAAGGACAACAGACUAUACUUUCAAGCAUUUCUUAAAUAAUACAAUUUAUAAACAACAUAUGGCUUUAUUUUAUUUUCAAAAAUGUGUCCUGUUUUGAAGUUAUUGUUGUGUAAAUAAAGAAUGGACAUUUAUGGGCUUUAGCUCUUGGUUAAAUAUCAUAAUGCAAUUUGACCACCCUGAAGUGUAACUUGAGUGAUGGCUGAGGCCAGCCAACAGUCAAAUUACACCUACUGAGUUUUGUGCAAAGUUAAGCAUUGGAAGCUCAUUAACAAUCUGACUGUGCUUUAGAUGGCUUUCAUAAAGAAGGGCCAUGAGGUUUUAUUUUGAUAUUUAUUACUAUAUUGAAAACAAGAUAAAGUGGAAAAGAAGCACACAGCAUAUAUAUAGUGUUUUGAUACUGAUUUAUAGCUUAAACAAAGCAAAACAUAUGGCAGAUUAAAUAUACUUAACACGGUCACUGUAUUUUUAAUAAUUUUUAUAUAUAUAUAUAUAUAUAUAUAUAUAUAUAUAUAUAUAUAUAUAUAUAUAUAUAUAUAUAUAUAUAUAUAUAUAUAUAAACACACACACACAAAAUAUUUUGCAUACCUUAAGCUGCACUCAUUUUACAAAAUGGGCCUCUUUAGAAAAUAGUAGUUCUAUUUCCUUCUUCUAAAAUAAUUUAAUAGAAAUCAUGCCAAAACAAAAUGGUAAACAUUUAAAAUCCAGAUACCACACAUUAUUUCAGGUUUAGGUAUUUUAGCCUCUAUCGCUGCUCAAUUUGUUUAAAUUUUUUUUUUAAAUUUUAUUUUAGCAUUUUAGCAAUUUCCAAGUACAAGUUGGCUCAGGCAAACAAAAAUUCACCUGUGGUGUACCUCCCAGGUUUGCAGUGGUGAGCAAAGCCAUUGACUCAGUUGUGUUUUUACAACUGUCAUAGGUGUUAAGAGAAAUAAAGUACAAACAUGUUCACAUUUUAGAUUCUUUCACCAGUAGCAAGAUCUUAACCAGCGGAUACUACAAAAGACCUGUUUAAUCUCCUGACCAUGACUUCCUGAUGUUUCUUCGCAAUAAAAAAAAGUCUUUUUGGUACCAUUACAAUUAAGUAAUGUAAUGGUAGCAAUAUUGUUGAUCCUUUAAGCAAAAUUUAAACCCCCUGUAGUAGAAAUGGUUCCAUGAAUGCCUUGCUGCCCUCCCAGUGAUAAGUGUUCAAACCAUUUGUAAACAGUUUGACACCUUACCUAGAGUCCAUCAGGCGCGAGUCACCUCGUCCUGUGCAGAUGAAGCACUUGACAGUGAGCUAGCCCAGCUGAUGCUCUUAGCAAAUAAGCUGGCCCAAGGCUGUAGUAGUUUUGGUGUUUGCCGUGUUCCUUUACAUUUACAGUAUUUAUACACAGGGUUAAAGCAGAUGUUAAAACCGUUAUGGCAGCUUGUGAAGUUAAACCGUAUAGUCUUAUGCCCACACCUAUUUGUUAUCUCGUUUACCUAUAUUCAUGUGGCUUUGUCCCUAAAACCCAAUGUUUUCAUCAGCAACUCUGUUUCUGCGGAGCUAUCGAUUUUAUAUGUGUUUAUAAUUAGUACGCUGAGGAACGCCCUGCUUAUAUGUCAGAUUUCACAUGUGAUUGUAUGCAAAAGAUCUGGGUUUUAUUUGUUUUUGGUUUUUUUUUUAUUCCUUUUUCAAUUUUUUUACAUCUGGAAUACUCGCUAAAUGCCAGUUUAUAGCAGAUAAAAUAAAGUUAGAGGUUUUCUCCAAAUCAACUAUUUUUGCCUACAUUUUUUACUUCAGAGUUCACUUUGAUAUUUUUUGGACUUUAGUGAAUAACCCUGAAACUUCAAGCAGGUUUUUUGUUUUUUUUAAAUAACUAUAUUUUUAUUAUUGCGUGCUUAACAGUACAUGGGAGAUUAAUAACAAUUUGAGAUCCAGGGUGCCUUGUCCUUGACGCGAUUAUUAUUUUCUGUUUGUUUUACCCAUUGUGUUUUUUAAACUCCAGGAUUUGAGGAAGCUGAUACAACACAAGAGGCUAAUGCCAAGUAUGAAUCACUUGGUGGUUCUUCCUCGACACACCUGGAGAAGCCUCCACCUCUUCUUCCCACAUCUGGCAGGAAUCCCUUUAUGGGAAAAUCAAAGCCUUCCCUACUAGGAGAAAGGCCUUCCGGUCUCCUCCCUACACCAGGUGAGAUACUUCAGUUUGUUAAAUUAAUUUUAUUAGUAUUCUUUUUGUGUCUUUUAACCUUUUCUCUUAUCUGAUCUUACGUCUCUUUGUGAACUAAUUGUUUUCUAUCAUCAUAUUUCUUCUUGAUUUGUGCCUUUUUGUAUUGUUUUGUUUUAAGGUUCUGGUGUGAGCUUAGUCUGCUUGUUAUUUACUGUUCAUUGUUUCUUUUGUUAAACUUAUGUUUUCCUAAUUUUAUUCUUUUAGGUUAAAAAGCUAUUCAUUUAAAUUGCAAACAAGUUGUUAUAUCUGGUAGUAGGUUAAUAAUUUUAAGGUCUGGCUAAUUUCAAAAAAUGAUGAGUAAAAUUUGCAUAUUUUUGGCCCAAAUAGCUUAAGUGGAAAAUGUCUUCAAUGUCAUUAUUUUCUGUCUCGACUAUUUUGGAUAAAACAUAUUUCAGUUCACUUGACAUUUCCCCACAACUCAAAGUUCAUUUAAUAAAGUCUUUGCUAUGUAUAGCAUACAUGAGAACUAGAUGAUUACAUUUACACGUACAGUGAUACAGAAGAUGUUGCCUCUUAAAAUAGCAAAUUGACAUUAGUGAAAUUAGUGUGGGAAGCUAAUGUUGCAGCUUCCUGAUAAUUAUCUGUAUACAUUUAUUUUGUAAUAUUUUUGCAUUGGCAGCCAUUCACCAUUUUGUGUGACCAAUUAGAUAUGGUUGAUUUUGCAUUCCCAUGAAUGCCCUGCAAUCUGCUUUUAAGCCAAAAUCUCUGUUUAGCUGACUGAAUUGAAGCAGACAGAUUUCUAACAAUAGCUGCACUCCAGACCCCUAAAUCACUUUAUCUUCCUGAGAUACUUUGUGUGAAGAGUGUACCCUGUUUUGUUUCAUUUUGCAAAAAGAGGACAUUUCAGUCGAAGUUUACACUUUUAUAAAUUAACCUGGUUACACCGCCCUGGCUUUCAAGCAGACAAUUACUUCCUGGUUUGGUUAACUCCGUGGAGCUAAACAUGAGAGGUAGCAAUUGCCCAGAAGAGCACCUGCCUUGCAAAGACUUCUCAUUGAGCUGCUUUGGGAAGUCUGUGAUUGGACAGUCACAGAAAGUCUGGGCAGCGUUAGAAGGGAAGGGCUUGCAAAAAUCUGCAGACAAGAGAAAUGCAGAUUUGUUUUAAGAUAUGACCCCAAUGAAAAACAUAAUUAUUUGUAUGCAUGCUUUCAUUGAAGGUAUGACUACUAAACAGUAUUUAUUUUGUAUCUGGGCAGUGGAAAGUCCCUUUAACCUUUUCAGGAUUUGCCUAUCCCGGUUUCUGAAAGGGUAAAUUAUUUUUUUUAUUUUUUUUUAAACCCAAAUUGGUAGAUGUAUGAUACAUAAUGUAAACAAUUUUUUAUAGUUAAUAUAUGUGCCAUUAGUAUAUAGUCUGUUGUACAGUGUUUUAGAUAUGUUCGUGUUUGUUCAUUUAAAUUAAUGUUUUGAACUUUUAGAUCAUGGCGAUGAUGGUGUAAAUGCAUUUUUUGAGGCCAGUAUAGUACCAAACAGUGGCUCUUCAUCAGAUGUUCUUACCAAGCCUCCCCCUCUUCUUCCAACCCCUGGGAGAACACCGUUACUAGGACUUUCAAAAGCACCUCUCCUCCGUGACAGAGCCCCAGGUGGACUUUUACCUACACCGGGUGAGUUUGUCUUGUAUUCUCCAGUGUUCCCAUGGUGCACUUUUGUAUUUGACAUAUUUUAUUGUUAAACAUUAAAGUAUGUGUUUAAACAAAAUAACCUUACUAAAUGUCUCUAGUUGAAUCCUGACCCAUGAAUAAAGGAUGAAUUGUUAGGUUGGGAUGUUAAAGGAAUGUUCUAAACACCAGAACUAUUACAGCUUAAUUUAGUGUUCUGGUGCUGCGAGGCUGGUCCUUCUGUCUGACCGAUGUAAAGAUGAAAAGGCAGUGUUUACUUUUUCCCCAAAGUCACCUCUAAUGGCUACCACUCAGACAGCCACUAUUGACCGUUCUGCAAUCUUUGCAACACCAACCUUUUGGUGUCUUCAUGCUCUCUAUUGAGAUGCAUUGAUCUAAUGCAUCUCUACCAGGAUAUUCUGAUUGGCAGACAACGGCAAAAAAAUACUUUAAAACUGGGGUGGGCAACGAAUCUAAGUGGACUAGAAAUUGCUCUGUUAGAAAUGUUUUUGCAUUCUUAAUAAAGACAUAUUUGCUGGAUAAUUUAACUACUUUGGUUAAUAUCUAUAGCAACCAUCAUAGUGACCGUGCCUGUGUUGCUUUGAGACUGUGCCUCACUUCCAGUUAGCAGAUAAGUUUCUUUUUAAAUUCAUUGGCUUCCUUUACAAAUAGUCAUAUGAUCAAUGAGUUGUAAAGCGCCACUUAGAAAUUAAGCAGCAGCCAAAGAAUGACUACUGUGUAACCAUUGAUAACACUGGCCUUAGACCACUAUCCUGCAUAAGCCUCCACUACAUUUGAAAAACACUAGUUUAAUUAAAGGCUCCUAGAACCAUUACAAUGGACUGUAGAGGCUAUUGUGUUUAUGAAUCAGUGUUUAUUGAGGAUUGUGCGGAUAUACAAAAAGCAUAUGUACAGUGAUAGCCUCUGGGAUCCGUGUGUCUAUCAGGUUGAAUGUCCCUUUAAUUAUUAUUGUGCCUGUAAUUAUAAAAAGAUGGAUAUCGACAAAGGAAAAAGCAAACAAAUUUUUUACAGUCUGGCAAAAUCAAUUUUUUUAUAUUAAUUCCUUUCUAUGUAUAGGAAUACCUGGUCCAAAAGGCAAACCUCCUCCACUCUUGGCGAUGACUUCCAAAAGACCUGGUCUCCUUGGGUUUUCACCACAUCAGCAAGCAAAACGUCCAUUGCUAGGAGAAAAGCCAGGGCUUCUUCCAACUCCUCUUGGUGAGCAUUGUAGGUGUUGUAAUGAAGUUGUCUUGGGUGCUGUCUUAUCUUUAGGGGUGUAACUGUUAAUUUUUUUUUAAAACCGCACCCGAUCACUCUGUCCAGCUAUUUCCUUUGUUGGUCCAAGGCUUCAAUUAGGAAGCCUCAGGCUGGGUGCAUCUGAUGGGUUUGAACGUUUUACCUAACACUCUUGUCCUAUCAUUCAUAAAACAGAGUGAAAAAAUAUUUACCUUUUUCACUCCGUUUUAAGAGAGUCAGUUGAUCACUGGAGCACAGUUGAUGCUUCCUGACUGAAGCUUUUUGGGCUGAGCACGGUGAUCUUGUGCUGUUUUCAAUAGUUUAGGAUUAUACCUUUUGGUUAAAGUUUAACCCUUUAAAUUGUUAUGGUGCAGGGAAGUCCCAAGGUGCCGUCUAAUCUUAAUUGUGAUCAAGCUGUUUUGGUGCUCGGAAUGGUCCUUUUUAAAGAAAUCGAGAAUCUAUAUCUCCCUCUCUAUCAAGAGACAAGUAAUUGUUGAACAUGGAUUUUAAGAAACCUUGACUUCAUAAUCUAGUAGCUCUAGGAGGGUUUUUGACUUUUCUAUCCCUAAAGCAAGAUAUGGUGUUUUGAAUAUUUUGGUAAAUCCAAAGAAAUGUAUAUAGUUAGAGAAUUUAGCUGCUUUAGUAAAUAUGACCUUGUUUACUCCUAAUUUUCAGCCUGGUCAUCUGGGUCAUGGCAAUAUAGCCUAUAGUGCAAGUCCUUUAGCUACAUUUAUUUUUAAUGUUUUGUACAUACUCUCAAGGAACAACAGAUGUUGAUAUUCUGAUCAAAUGUUACACUUUCUUGUUCUGUCCCCCCCCUCCCGCCCCCUAUUUUCAUUACAAUACAGUGAUAAAGCCUGGUUAAAAAUGUUAUACCUACACUUAAGAAUCCAUUAAUAGAAGUCACUCCUGUAAUUUUGUGCAUGCAAGUAAAUAAAUGCAAAAGUAGAAUCUUUAGAAGAUCUGUACAUUCAGCUAUUGUCACCGUCAUUUUCCCGAGCAUGUGCUUUUAAUAAAUUUGAGAGAAGAUCCCGGUGAUAUCAGCUGUCGGUGUUUGUUGAGUGAGGAAAAUAAAUGGGCAGAAAAGUAUUGGUGAACCUUAUGAAAAGCUAUAUUUAAAGGAACACUUGUAUUCCUGACCCUAUAGUGUUUAGCCCACCAUGUAGGUGGCUUGCUCCUCCUUAGCCCCCUUAUAAAAGUAUCAAACUCACAUUAUUUCCAGCGCCUCGUGGGUCCGCCGUCACUGGCUCUGCCCAGUUUGUGACAUCAUCAAAUGGCCAAUUUCUAGCCACAGGGAAAGCAUUGGAUUGGCUUAAAUCGGUGCGGGGCCAAAUUCCGUUUUGGCCAAUCAGGACCUCCUCAUAGAGAUGCAUUGAAUCGAUGCAUCUCUAUGAGGAAAAUUCUGUGUCUUCAUGCAGAGCGUGGGGACACGGAACGGCAGAGCUGCCUACUAGGCAGCACUGAGGCAGGAAGCACCUCCAGUGGCCACUUGGAGGUGUCCCUAGAGGCAAUGUAAAGACUGCCUUUUCUCUGAAAAGGCAGUGUUUACAUGAAAAAGCCUGAAGGGAACUAUUUAUACUCACCAGAACAACUACAUUAAGCUGUAGUUGUUCUGGUGACUAUAGUGUCCCUUUUAAGACAAAAUAGUUCUUGCUUUGUCAUAAGCAUGACAUUAAAAUCUCCUGAAGCCCAGUGUGCUUGAAGAACACUGGUUUUAAGUAUCGUGUCCGAACACCUCUUCUGUGUUAGAAAAUAAAUAUGAUAAAGAGAUUACUUAUGGCAUUGAAUCUAAAAAUUGAGUGACAGGGAACCAUCUAAUUUGUGGUUCUCCUAUCCCUUCUCAGCUACUGCAGUCACUGCUCUGUAGUUGAUGUGCUGAUACCUUGUGAUUCUGACUCAUACGUUACUAAAGGAAUGGCUUUGACAGAUGAUAUAAUUUCAUUCAUAGAUCAAUGCACCUAUGGGAUUAUGGGCUAAAUUCACUUAUAUGAUAAAAUCAGUACACAUACACCAGAAUGAGACUGUCCUGAUUGGAGGCAUGGGGGAGGUUUUGCCUGCAGCUGCAAGUAGACCCACUAAUUAGUGCACCAAUAGGAAGUGUCCCUUUGGCCCUAGUUUUCUGUUGGUUGGUACUGGUUGCACAUUACCUUACCAUAGAAUAGGUAAAUUGUGUAGAUCAGCAGAAGUAAAAGCAGUACUUAUUCAUGCAAUAAUUACUUAACCGGGCACUCUAAGAAAGCCUGUAUGUGUGUGGGAGUGACAAAAGUGUCAUUAGUGUUUCAGAGGGGCUGAAUUAUGUACCCCGAUGCCUCUCAAUGGAUGACAUGAUGGAUAAUGAAGAAUGUAAAGAACCUAAUGGCAUCUUAAUCUCAGAUACUGGGUUUUGGAUGCAAAAGAGGGGAAGAAUCUCUUCCUUUUUUUUUUUUCCGUUUGAUUUCCUUGUAUCUUAGACACAACUGGACAUAAACCGGUAAGACUGCAUCUGCAGCCUCCUGGCAUCACAAGCAUUUCAGUAAGCUAGUACUCUGAAUAUCUCUUUAAAUGAUGCAUAUAGUUUUUAACAUAUCAUUUAUAUGAUGCAUAUAGUUUUCAACAUUUCAUAGGAUAUCAUUUGGGUUAUGUUGAAAGAAACAGAUGGUAAAAAAAAUCGGGGGGGAUUUUUGGCAUUUGUUUUAUUUAAGAACAAUAAAACCUUAUCCGCCCAUUCUAAAUUUUGUUUAUGGCAUGUUUUCAUUCUCUGCUUGCUUGUCUUUUGUAGAUGGUUCAGACGCCAUCUGGCGACCUCCUCCAUCCUCUCACUUGUUACACCUCCCCCGAUCAGGUGGUGAAUCAGGAAGUGGUAAGUGGUGAGAUGCGGAGGGAGACAGACUGUUAAGAGAAUCUGCAUCCCUGGAGAAGAAGGGUUUUGAGGGGUCUCAUUUAUAAUGUUGCAUAAAACCAAUGCUUUUAAUAAUGUAACACAUUUGUACUCGUUGUUUUUUUUGCUUCUAAGUUUUUAUAAACAUGCACAAUAAAGUUCGCUUGUUCCACUAUUAAUGUAUUUUGUAACAGUCAAGCUAAACUGCAGCAGAACAUUUUUAAAGCCAUGUCUGUUGGAGGAUUGUCGAUAUAACCCAAAAUAUAAAUAUCCAUUCCAUUUAAGAUUUUUUUUUUUUUUUUUAAAGUAAUCAGUCCUCCAAAUUUUAUGUAUAAAACUAGUAUUUUUCACUAGCCUGUUAGCCAUUUUCACUAGACACAUUAUAGGGCAAAUUCCCUUCCCAAUGUAUAGUAUAAUCAGUAUGUUUAUUUUGAUAAUCAUGUGUAUAAUCAGUUAUGUUUUGCAUGUAGAUUCUUUUGUAUACACACAGAUGGGUUAAAUUAUGUAUUGGUAAAUGCUUUAUUUUUGCUAGUGAGCACAAUACAAGCAGUAUGUCCUUAGGUGAGACAUGGGUUUAUCCAUAACAGAACAAGAAAACUGAAUUCAUAAUCAUCAUAUGCAGUUUUGUUGAUGACACUUGAUGAAAAAGUAAGGAAUUAAGAGAUAGAAAAGGGAAUCAAUAUGGAAGAGGAAAGAAAAUUAAAGGCAGAACUUGAUGGGCAUAGUUUUCUAAGCCUUUAUUAUGUAAGAAAUGUGUUAUUUGUAUGUAUUAAAAUAUAUCAUGGGCCACUGAUGUCCAGAAAAAAAAUGACUUUCAUGUUAUAUAUUUAAAAAAACAACAACAAAUCUUUGCAAACAGAUUGUGUCUAUAUAUGAAUGUAAUGUCUUCGUUGGAAUUUAUCCAUGGGGAGUAUAGACUAUACCUGGAACUUGUGUAUUCAACACCCCCUAUUACAUCCUCCCCUUUUUCCUAUGCCUCUUGUCAUUCUUAUACACUGACUGCUGGGUUAGAAGUUCUUUUCUCUACCCGUAGGUGCUGGGGUUUGUUCCUUGAAGUACUCUGUGUUAAUCCAACAGGGCAUCCACAGAUUCAGUUUCUGUAAACACUUUACAGUUCUGCUAUCUGUCUUUCCACUCACCCAACCAUACAUGUUAAUACAAAGGUCAAAUCAAAGCUUGCAGCCUCCACUUAGGCUUGGAAUAUGCAUAAGUAGGGAAGCAAAUGAGAUGCUCUCUUAAUCGUGUAGACCUGGACUCAUUUAGAGAAAGACAUAUAAUAAUCCUCACUGAGUGUUCGUUUGACAAUUAAGUUAGGGGAUAACUGAAAUAUAUUCUCUCUUCCCACAUUACCAUGUGCUAAAAUCAAUUAUCAUCUUCUUGUUUACCUUAUAGACUCUAUACAGUUUCUCAAGCGGCACUUGUUAAUGCAUGCUGAUAACCUUCUCAGCAGUUGGUCACUUGUCAUUUUAAUAAGUCUGUCUAUCUUAAAGGGACACUCCACUACAUAAAUGCAAAACAAAAACAAACUCAAAAAGCCUGUUUAGUGUAUAUAUAACCCUAACAAAAACAUGCAUGGAUUAAUUGGUUUUUGUUUUUUUCCCCUUUGGGGAUAUAUCCAAAAACAGCUUGCAAAAGCUGUACACCUCUUGUCUGAAGCCUCUGCAAGCUUGCUCAUCUAACUCAGUCCAGACUUUAUGUGGCUGUCCAAUUACAGACAUCCUAGUGCUGCUGAAAAGUUUUUGCAAGGCAGCUACUCUGAGCAAUUGCUGCCUCUUGAGCCAAUUUCUAUUGAAAUCUGCACUUUAUGAAGAAUAACAAAAAGAGGACACACUCUUAACAUAUAAAGCAUUUUAGCAUGCCUAAGUGCUUUGGGGGUCUGGAGUGUCCCUUUAAAAUUUUUCUACCUAGUCAUCAUAUUAUCCCUAACUCUGCCUUGUAUAUAAAACCUUUCACUACUGUUACUACUAGCUCUUUCAUGAGAGCAUUAGCUGUGACACUGGACAGGAGGGCUGGUAGUAACUAAGGGGGAGUGGGAUAGUAACACUAAAAAAUGGGUUGCUAUGAGUUCUUGAUAUUGUGGCUAGUUAAUGACACCGGUGGGAUAGAGGUAAAAACACUGGGAGAGAUUUAUCAACAUGAUGUAAUAUAGGUGCUGCAAAGUUCUAAAUGUUUUCCACUCAUCAUGGAAGCUGUUGGAAAAAGCAGACACAUUAUGCUUAUAUCCCUUUUGCAACCUUGCACCAUUUUAAAUCACUCCCAUUGAACUACAGAGAAAAAAAGAAUAAUGAACUGCAUCAUAAAGACAUACUGUGAAUUAAAAAAAACAAAUUUGGUUGGAGAGCAAAUUUUAGGCAGUACACAAUGAAAUAGUGUAUAUAUUGAUAUGUCUAUUGGUGUUAGGAGUAAAAUAAAAACAUACUUGUUGUGCUCAAAUACAAGGAGUUUUUAAAGGAUGGGGUGUAUAGAGUAACAUUUGGAACAUAUUUGAUCAGAGUUAUAUAUUUACUAGUUAUCCGCAUAUCGUGUUGUUUAGUAUAUAUAUUUGUAUAAUGGCACCAGACAUGGGUUAACAUAUUGCUAAUUAUUUUUUCUGACAGCUGUUCCUGCAAAUACUAAUCCACUUCUCUGGCCGUCAAAACCCAAACCUCUUCUUGGCUAAAGCCAGAAAAUGCACAUCUAUUCAGCGUCUGUUAUGAGUUCUACCUGUGACUCCAUAUUAGAACAGUGCAGAAGAACUGCAACAGCAAAGUCUAAUUCCCCACAUUCCCAUAGAUGUUUUUGGGGUUGUUAUUUUGUUUUUGUUUUUUUAAUUUGUUUUUAUUUAAUUUUUUUUUUUUGUAGUCUUAAUUAUUGGUAUUUUCCCUUUUAUUGAAAUAUGUCUGGACAGACCAACAAAUGAACUUAGAAAGCAUUGGUGGGCCUUCAAUAGAAGGAUUUUUAAGAACGGCUGAAGAUGGUUGCUUCUGUUUUGUUUAUAUUUUCCUUGUAAUUAUCUUUUCUCUUAAGAGAAUAAAGAUUUUGUUUUACAAAAAAACACUGUUUCUUCUCCUGUUUUCUCCUGUGGAUCUGAAGCCCCUUCAUUUUAAACUACCAAUCUAAAUGCCACAAACUGUUUCACUGAUUUAUCUUGCAAUUUAAAGAUCAUUUAAAUUUCCCCUAGAGUGGCAGGUGGCAUUAUAGAACUUUACUUGCUAAAAUGAAAUCCAUCUCUUUUGUUCAUAGAUUGUAAACUUGUUUGAGCUGGGCCUUCUUCACCUUGUG